UUUUAGUGAAGUGGAUAAAGUUUAGAAGUGCUUGAAAAUAAGGAAAUUUAUGAUUAUAUAUAUAAUUGUAUAUUUUGAUAUUGAGAUGUUCAUGCAGAAAACUAAUGGAGCCGUUGGAAAAACCGGUGCCGAAGUCGUCGCCUCUCGCGCCAUUUCCACGGGACUCAAGAGGAUCGCUCGAGGUUUUUAAUCCCUCCGCCACUUAUACGUCACGAUCCAUCAAUUCCAUUUCACGGCCGAACUCGACGUGGUCCAAUUGGGUGGAGCCACGUAGCAGUGCGGAGUCGGACUCGACUAGACUCACCGCCGUUCCGACGAGUAAGACCGGCGAGGAUAUCACGUCAUGGAUGGCCUUCAAGGAUUCGAAUGCUUCACCACAAUCCAACUCGCCACAAGCUCAGAAGACUAUUUCGGCGAUUCUCAGCGACAAAUCGCCGCCGAAAUCAGCGGAAGAAGUGGACUCUGCCGCCUUACGUGCUGCCGAGUGGGGAUUGGUACUGAAAACCGAUACGGAAACUGGAAAACCGCAGGGCGUUGGAGUUCGAACUUCCGGCGGCGAUGAACCGAUUAACAAACUGGAGAAUUCGAGAAGAACUUCGAAUAACUCGGGGCGGAGUUCGGGCGACAUGUCGGACGAUGUUGGAAGAGAAAGAGGGUUUCCGAGAGUCUCUGAGGAUUUGAAAGACGCUCUGUCGACAUUUCAGCAAACAUUUGUGGUUUCUGAUGCUACGAAACCUGAUUAUCCGAUUAUGUACGCCAGUGCUGGAUUCUUCAAGAUGACUGGCUAUACAUCCAAGGAAGUUAUCGGAAGAAAUUGUCGAUUUUUGCAGGGUGCAGAUACAGACCCAGAAGAUGUGGCCAAGAUUCGAGAGGCUUUACAAGCUGGGACAAGUUACUGUGGGAGGUUGUUGAAUUACAAGAAAGAUGGGACCCCGUUUUGGAAUUUGCUUACUAUUUCACCUAUCAAAGAUGAUGACGGCAAGGUUCUCAAAUUUAUUGGAAUGCAAGUAGAGGUGAGCAAACACACAGAGGGAUUCAAAGAUAAGAUGGUUCGUCCUAAUGGCUUGCCAGAAUCGUUGAUUCGUUAUGAUGCCCGUCAAAAAGAUAUGGCUACCAGUUCGGUAACGGAGCUUGUGCAUGCGGUGAAAAUGCCUGGGUCUGUGUCUGUAAGUGAAUCUAGGCCACGGGCUCUAAGUGAAUCUAUGAACCGCCGGUCAGUAAGAAAAUCCGGCGGCGGAGAUGAGGCAUAUAGACAUGAAGCUGCUAUGGUUAGGCGAAAGUCAGAGAGUACAGCAGCUUCAACUGGACGACGUAGAAGGUCGAUGCAGCGUAUCAAUGAGCUGCCGGAGACGAAACCCAAGAAGUAUAGCCGUCGUUCAUUUAUGGGCAUUGUGAGGAAAAGUGAAUCAAAUACUGAAAGCUUCAACAUUGAAAAUUGUUCGGACGAUGAUAAUGAGAGCGAUGAUGAUGAGAGACCAGAUAGCGUAGACGACAAAGUAAGACAAAAGGAAAUGAGGAAGGGUAUUGAUUUAGCGACCACCCUCGAACGUAUAGAGAAGAACUUCGUCAUCACUGAUCCGAGGCUGCCCGACAAUCCCAUUAUAUUUGCUUCUGAUAGCUUCCUGGAGCUGACUGAGUACUGUAGAGAAGAAAUCUUGGGAAGAAAUUGCAGGUUCCUGCAAGGUCCUGAAACCGAUCGAGCAACUGUCAAGAAAAUAAGAGAUGCAAUUGACAACCAAACUGAAGUUACAGUGCAGCUUAUUAACUACACCAAAACUGGUAAGAAGUUUUGGAAUCUGUUUCAUCUACAACCUAUGCGUGACCAGAAGGGAGAAGUCCAGUAUUUUAUUGGAGUACAACUUGACGGGAGUCAGCACGUCGAACCGCUAAGCAAUUGCAUAUCGGAAACUACUGCAAAAGAGGGCGAAAAAUUGGUAAAAGAAACUGCUGAAAAUGUUGAUACGGCGGCUAGAGAACUUCCCGAUGCCAAUUUGACACCAGAAGAUUUAUGGGCAAAUCAUUCUAAUGUGGUCCAACCAAAACCUCACAGAAAGGAUAGUGCUUCUUGGAAAGCUUUCCAGAAGAUUUUAGACAGUGGAGAACAGAUAGGACUGAAACAUUUCAAGCCGGUUAAACCUUUGGGAUCAGGUGAUACUGGCAGUGUGCAUUUAGUAGAACUGUGUGGGACUGAUCAGUGUUUUGCCAUGAAGGCAAUGGACAAGGGUGUUAUGCUUAACCGCAACAAGGUGCAUAGAGCUUGCGCCGAGAGGGAAAUACUCGACAAGUUGGAUCAUCCUUUUCUUCCUGCGUUAUAUGCUUCAUUUCAGACAAAAACACAUGUUUGUCUUAUAACUGAUUACUGCCCUGGUGGAGAACUCUUUCUGCUUUUGGAGAGACAACCUACAAAGGUUUUAAAGGAAGAUGCUGUAAGGUUUUAUGCUGCUGAAGUUCUCAUUGCAUUAGAGUAUCUUCAUUGUCAAGGGAUAAUUUACAGAGAUCUGAAGCCUGAGAACGUUCUACUCCAGGGAGACGGACACGUGACGUUGACGGAUUUUGACUUGUCAUGUUUGACUGCUUCCAAACCUCAGCUUUUGUUUCCAACGAUGAAUGAGAAGAAAAAACAAUCAAGAUCUCAACAGGCUCCGAUCUUUAUGGCCGAACCUAUGCGAGCAUCGAACUCAUUCGUCGGCACUGAAGAGUACAUAGCACCGGAAAUUAUCACUGGGGCUGGCCAUACUAGUGCAGUGGACUGGUGGGCUUUGGGUGUCCUCCUAUAUGAGAUGCUCUAUGGAUACACACCCUUUAGGGGGAAGACAAGGCAAAAGACUUUUGCCAACGUUCUUCAUAAGGAUCUUAAAUUUCCCAGAAGUAUAUCGGCUAGUCUCAAUGCAAAGCAAUUAAUCUUCAGGUUAUUGCAAAGAGAUCCCAAAACUCGAUUGGGUUCUCGAGAAGGAGCUAAUGAAAUCAAACGACAUCCGUUCUUCCGAGGCAUCAAUUGGGCGCUCGUUCGUUGCAUGAAACCUCCCGAGCUCGAAGCUCCUCUCUUCCCGACCACCGAUGCCGAAAAAGAAGGUAAUAAGGCAUCAGAUUUUGAUGGAAAAGAUGUUGAACUCAGUGUUUUCUGAUAAGUUUCCUUUCUUUGUUUGAUUGCUUUAGAAUGUCAAAUUCUUUUAGGCUUCAUAGCUUUAAAUAUUGAAAGCUUCUUUAGUGUUUAUUUAAUCUCUACCCAAUGUAAUAAGAAUAUUGUAAGGUGGUGGUGAUUGGCUAAAUAAUCUCUUAGCUCUGCUUUCUUUGUAA